AAAGACACAACCCGGCUCCCGGAGCGGCGCCUCCAGUCGCGGCGGAGCGCGGCGUUGGCGCGGAUGGAGGGCGCGAGCGGGCGGCCUCGGCGGCUGCACCCGGCGGGGCGCUGAUGCGGCGCCUGGACCUCCGCUGCUCGACUUGGGGGGCGUCGGCCGAGUGGGCACUCCGCGAUGCAGCUCCUGAAGGCGCUCUGGGCACUCGCGGGGGCCGCGCUCUGCUGCUUCCUCGUCUUGGUGAUCCACGCGCAGUUCCUGAAAGAAGGUCAGCUGGCCGCCGGCACCUGUGAAAUUGUGACCCUGGACCGGGACAGCAGCCAGCCACGGAGGACAAUUGCCCGGCAGACGGCUCGCUGCGCGUGCAGAAAGGGCCAGAUCGCGGGCACCACGAGAGCCCGGCCCGCCUGCGUGGACGCUCGGAUUAUCAGGACCAAGCAGUGGUGUGACAUGCUCCCCUGUCUGGAGGGGGAAGGCUGUGACUUGCUGAUCAACCGCUCAGGCUGGACGUGCACGCAGCCCGGCGGCCGGAUCAAGACCACGACGGUCUCCUGACACACGCAGCCCUGCAGGGGCCUCAGGAGUGGCCUUGGCUCCCAGGAAAGGCCGCAGCUCCGCCACGGUCCUCCGUCCAUCGCGGACGCCGCCCGUCCUCCGCCACCCGCCCGCCCUCCAUUCCUCUCGCCCGCCAGGGACAGCCUGCUUCCUCGGACGCCUGAGCGGAGUCUGUCCGGCCGCCCGCGGAGCCAGGCCUGGGACGCAGCGGGGCCGCCCGCCUCCCGGCGCGGAGGCAGAGGAGGAGGCUGCCGCCGCCCAGCCAGCCCGAGGGAGGAGGACUGACCCUCUCCUUGUGCCCAGACUGUCCGAAUCGCUUUUAUUUUCUUAUCCUUCCAGUAUAUUCGAUAGACCAAAGAGCAAAGUCUAUUUUACCGCGGACCCGCCCUCACCAUCAGAGUCCCUGGGUCGACGGGGGGGGGGGGCCCGGGGCAGAGACAUGCUGGCGGCCCCCGCGGGGCGGAGGGGGCGGCCCCCGCAGAGGCCUCCACCCCACGAACACUGCGGCGGCGCAGCCUGAGACGGGCUGGAGGACGCGGCCGCCCCGAGGGACGCGGCCGGCGAUGUCCCCACGCGGAGCCCGCGGGCGCGCCUCCCCGGGAACCCAGCCCGCCGCGCGCACCCCGCUCCCCUGUGCUUAGAUGGACUUGAUGGUACCAAGGUCUCUUCUGUUUUGACCAGUCGAACACGCCUCUCUGCAGCCCCUCGGUAGUGGGUCAUCCGGAUUCGCCGUGAGCAUGUUGGGUCUCCCGUGACUGCUGUCUCAUCCCAUCACCGUUCGCUCCAGAAAGCAAAUUAAAGAAAACUCGAGCAACCCUUGUUGGAAAGAGAUCAUUAAAUGUAUUUUGCAAAGCCUAAA